UUUUCCACCAUGUUGCCAAACAGGCCCUAUAUUUAGUACAGGAAUGUACAGAGAGGCCGGUCGGCCGGCCGGCCAACCGGCCGGCCGGCCUACUGGCCUGCCUGCCUGCGUGUCUGCCUGCGUGUCUGCCUGCCCAUCCGCCCGCCAGAGCCAAAACAAGCAGCACGUAGCAAGAGACGGACAGUCACGCGGCAUCAACACGAGAGAGGAAAGCAGGGGAAAAUACAAGCAAAUGUCAAGGCGUCACUUUUGCUCGCUGCAAAUGCGUUGAAGGAGCCUCCACAAGUACGAGCAAGAAGGAUGGAGCGAGCAACAACGGAGGCGUUCCACUACAAAGACAAAGAGCAGUCGUCCAAAGUGCUCCGACAGCUGAACGGCCUGAGACGCGAGAGGUUGCUGACCGACGUGUGGCUGUGUUGUGGCGACGCAGAGAUCCCUUGCCACCGCAACGUGCUGGUCUCCAGCAGCCCCUACUUCCGAGCCAUGUUCUGCGGCAACUUUGCCGAAAGGCAGCAGAGCAGGAUCCACCUGCGCGGCCUGUCGCCGGCCAUCUUGAACGCCGCCGUGGACUACGUUUACACCGGCCGGGCCGCCAUCAGCGAGGAGAACGUGCUGGCUCUCGCGCAGGCCGCGUCCAUGCUGCACUUGGCGGCUCUUUUGGAGGCCUGCUCCGCCUUCCUUCAGGAGGGGCUGAGCCCCGACAACUGCUUGAGCAUGAUGAGGCUCUCGGAGAUGAUCGGCUGUCAGAGUCUGGGAGAAAAGGCAAAGGAGGUGGCCGCAAAGAGCUUCUGCCGCGUGUCUCGUUCCCAGGAUCUGCGCGAGCUGUCUUUGGCCGAGCUGCUGGGCUACCUGGAGGACGACGGCCUGCGCGCAGAGGAGGAACAGGUCUUUGAGACGCUACUUGCUUGGAUCCACCACGAGCCUUUAUCCAGGCGCACGGCCGUCGGCGAGCUUUUUAAGAAAGUGCGCCUUGGCCACGUCCACCCCACCUACCUGUUCCAGUUCAUGGCCAGCGAGCCGCUGAUCCGCUCCUCCGCCCUCUGCGUGGAGCUCAUUGAAUCGGUGCGACGCCUCAUGUUUUGUGUCAGCGACAAAUAUUUGGAGGAGCUCCAGCCUCGCCGCCGCACCUACACGGACAAUCUGCUGGUGGUUGGAGGGAGGAAGAACAAUGAGCAAAGCUCAAGAGAAGCUCUGAUGUAUGAUGAGAAGUGGCAGGAAUGGAAGCAUUUGGCCAAACUUCCCAUCAGACUGUACAAAGCUUCCUACGUGGCCCUUCACGCUGUGGCGUACGUCAUCGGAGGCCUGAGCACCGAGGCCAAAUACUGUCGAGUGCGCUCCAGCGUCUACGCCCUCUCGCUUAAGACCAAUGAGUGGCGGGCGGCGCCGCCCAUGCUCCAGCCUCGCUUUAGCCACCAGAGUGUCUCCUACCUGCACUUCAUCUUGGUUCUGGGGGGACUGGGAUCCGAUAGACGGCUCACGGACAGCGUGGAAAGGUACAACAGCAUGUUCAACCAAUGGGAGUCUAUGGCCCCCAUGCCCGAGCCUGUGCUGCACCCUGCCGUGGCCGCCACCAAGCAGAGAAUCUACAUGUUUGGAGGGGAAGAUGCCAUGCAGAAUCCCGUCCGACUCAUUCAGGUGUAUCACAUUGCCAGGAACUUGUGGUGCAAGAUGGAGAACAGAACGGUGAAGAAUGUGUCCGCUCCAGCUGUUGUGAUGGAUGAAAAAAUCUACAUUGUCGGAGGAUACACCAGGAGGAUGCUGGCGUACGACACCAAGGCCAACUGCUUGGUCAAGUGCGCCAACCUGAAGGAGAGGAGGAUGCACCAUUCGGCUACGCUGCUCCAUAACAAAGUGUACGUCACGGGCGGACGCUACAUCAACAGCCGGGACGUUGUGGAGGAUUCGGACAAUUUGGAGUGCUACGACCCAAAGACGGACGCUUGGACGGUCAAAGGGACUCUGCCGUACAAACUCUUUGACCACGGCUCUCUUACGGUGGCAAGCGUGCUUCACGGACCCACCGACUCCUAGCUGAGAGAGCCAUUGACAACACAAGGAGAUUUUUUAAAAAUGCUAGGACCAUUUGUUUUGGAGUAGGUCCAUUUUCUGAUGUACAGUACAUUAAAGAAACAAUUGCACCUUGA